GUGAUGCGCUGGAGCCGAAUGUCAUCAGCUACAACUCGAGCAUCAGCGCCUGCGAGAGGGGUGGGAACUGGCCGGCAGCUGUUCACCUCCUGAGGGACAUGGCCGCAAGACAUGUUGCACCAACCACUGUCUCCUUCAACAGCAGCAUGAGCACCGCUGAGAAGGGUGCUCGAUGGGAGCUGGCCUUGCAGCUUUUUCCUGACAUGGCCAGCGAGGACCUGUCGCCCAGUGUUGUCACCUACGGCGCGAGUAUCGCAGCCUGCGAGAAAGCCGGCGAGUGGGAGAGAGCAGUGCAGCUUUUUUCGACGAUGCCGUCAGACAGAAUUACACCAGAUGUCAUAUCUUUUAGCUCCAGCAUCUCGGCAUGUGGUCGCAGCAGUCAGUGGCAGCUGGCAUUGCUGCUGCUGACAGAAAUGCCCCGCCGACAUAAGAUUGCGCCAAACUUGAUCACCUACAGUGCCGCCAUCAGUGCUUGCGAAAAGGGUGGCGUGUGGACUGCCGCACUUCAGCUGCGCGCCGACAUGUCUUUGGCAAAGAUCCUGCCUGAUGUGAUCUGCUGGAAUGCAUGCAUCAGUGCCUGCGAGAAAGGUGGGUACUGGCAGACGGCGCUGGGGCUCUUCUCCCUCUUCGCCACGUCCCGGUGCCUGGCACCCACGGUGGUGAGCUUCAACGCCACCAUCAGCGCCUGCGUGGAGGGCGGCGCCUGGCAGUGGGCUCUGGAGCUCCUGUCGGAGAUGCGGAAAGCGAAGGCGUCCCCAGAUGUGGUGAGCUUCAGCGCCGGCAUCAGCGCUUGUGAGCAGCAGGGCCGGUGGAGGGAGAGCCCAGGUUUACUUGCGGACAUGGAGGUGGCGAAGGUUCUGCCGAACUCGAUCACCUUCAACGCCGCUGUCGGUGCCAGUGCGCGGAUGGGUUUCUGGCAGAGAGCACUUUGGCUCUCUUCGCGAAUGGCCGCGGCAAGAUUGCAGCCGAACAUGACGACCUGGACUUGCUGUGUCUCGGCUUUGAACUCAAGCUCAAGCCUUAAACCCUCAACGCUAAGGCCUAAAAUGGCUUUUCAAGAUCUGAAGAAAUCUCGAAGAGCCAGGUCCCAGCCUCACCCAGCCAUGGACAUUGGUUCUCCCAACCUUCAGCACUGA